AUGGCGGCCUUCAUCCUCAGGGCGGCGGCGCUAGCCUUCGUUAACGCCGUCAGCAACUGCAGCAGCAUCCACGCGAGCUACCUAUACCCGGCGCGCGACGGGCCGCAGUACAAGGCGGCGUUAGUGCACAACUGCGUCGCGUGCUUCGUGGCCGUCUGCGCGGUCAUGGCGCUAAGGGUUCGUGCUGGCCGGGCUGAAACGGAGGCUGGACCGGGGCGAUCGGUCGCUCAGGCGAUCCCUCGCAAGAUGGAACGAAUCAGGUAA